ACAUAAAAAAAGUCUCUUCUUUUUCUUUUAUGGUGGAAAAAACAACUAGAAUGUCAAAUACAACAAACAAAAUAAAUCCAUAAUCCACCAUAAUUUCCAAAAAAAAAAAAUUAAAAAAAAAAUCCCUUUCAUCUUAUAAACAUGUCAUCUACUACGAAUAACGACGAUGAAUUUAACGUUCAAAAAAGUAAAUUUUCGGCGUAUGAUCGUCUUAGUUGUGAAAAUUCUCCUAUGAAUAUGUCACCAUGGAACCAAAGUUGUAAUUUAAAUGCUACAAACGAUGAUGAUGAUGAUAACGAUGAUGUUAUGAAAAAUAAUCGUAAAAUUUGUUUAAUUGGUUCACUUGUACGUGAAGAAGGACAUAUUUAUUCUUUAGCUACAAAAAAUGAUCUUCUUUAUACCGGAUCUGAUAGCAAAAAUAUACGUGUAUGGAAAGAUAUGAAGGAAUUUUCAGCUUUUAAAUCAAAUAGUGGACUUGUUAAAGCUAUUAUUAUUUCCGGAGAUAAAAUAUUUACCGGUCAUCAAGAUGGAAAAGUUCGUGUUUGGAAGGUGCAACCUAACAAUCCUAGUAGUUUCAAGCCUGCUGGAACUCUACCAACAUUCUUUGACAUUUUCAAGGCUUCAAUUAGGCCAAGCAAUUACUUCAUGUCAGCAAAACACAACAAAGCUUCAAUUUGGAUCAAACAUUGGGAUGCAAUAUCUUGUUUAAGCAUGGAUCAUAAUCAUGGCCUAUUGUACUCUGCAUCAUGGGACAGAACAUUCAAAGUAUGGAGAGCAGACAGUUCAAAAUGUCUUGAAUCAGUUAAAGCACACGAAGACGCUGUUAAUUCAGUCGUAGCUAGUGCUGAUGGCGUUGUCUAUACCGGUUCAGCUGAUGGUACUGUCAAGAUAUGGCAAAGAGAGUUCACACCUAAGACGAUACGACAUGUUUUAGUUCACACACUUUUGAAUCAGGAGUGUGCUGUGACUGCGUUAGCCGUUAACAAGUCUGGUUCUGUUGUGUACUGUGGUUCAUCUGAUGGUGUUGUGAACUUUUGGGAAAAAGAGAAGAAGAGUUGGACUCAUGGUGGUGUACUAAAAGGUCAUAAGUUGGCUGUGUUGUGUCUUGAAUCAGCUGGUAAUCUUGUGUUUAGUGGAUCAGCAGAUAAGAACAUUUGUGUUUGGAGAAAAGAAGGUUGUGUUCAUACAUGUUUGUCUAUGUUGACAGGACACAAUGGACCUGUCAAAUGUUUGGCUGUUGAACAAGAUAAAGAAUCAACAACAAGUGAUCAAAAAUGGGUACUUUAUAGUGGGAGUCUUGAUAAGUCUGUCAAAGUUUGGAGUGUUUCUGAAAUGGCACCAAUUAUGCACAAUGGAGAUGUUCAAUAGAUGUUGUAAUUUGUCUAUGUUGCUUGGGGUGCGUGUCGGGUUCUGCAAAAGUAGUGCGGCAUUGAAAGUGAAGAGUCUGAGCAACUUAGGUAUGUUUGAAAAAGUGUUUGAUGUAUGUUGUGUGUUAUGUUUUUUUUACACUCUUUUGGAAAGAGAGAAGAUUUGUUGGGGGUUAUGAAAAAUGUAAAAUUGUAAGAUAUGUAACAAUUAAAUGGUGUGUAAAUUUGUUGGCCAUUGGUUUCUUAUAUUAUAUAAGUAUAUAAUUUUUUUGGUA